GCACUGCAGCGCCGUCCCAAACCGAACCGCAACCUUUGGGGUCUUUUUCGGAGACAAAAAAAAAAAAAGAGAGGCUGACUUCAACUAUCACCAAACACCACACCCACUCUCGCUCUGACGCAUCCUUUGCACAUCCAUAACCUUCCGACCCAGCAACUGCCCUUACAGAUUCAAUCACCAGCUCAAUUGCACACGAGGACCUACAGACACAACAGAGACAGAAUACAAUGUCGCGGGGUGGUAGAGGUGGUGGCCGCGGCGGGCGCGGGGGUCGCCAGGGCCCCCAGUUAUCCUGGGACAACGGCGAACACGCACCCGAUACACGACCUUCAGAGCUCUUCCCCGCCUACGCAAUCCCGACAGCGAAACCAGUAACAGACCACGAACAAGCAAACGUAAACGCCUUCCUCCUCUUCCGCCGCCAAUUCCAAGACGGACCCCUCUACACCCGCAAACGCACCUGGGGCAUGGACCCAACCAAGACGCGCAAACUCUACGGCCAAGAACAAGUCAAUGCCAAAUACGGCGUGCGCACCCGCGCCACAGCGGAUCCGUUUAAUGCGGUCCCGACAUACUCGCAGAAAUUCACCCGCCCAGAGCGCGCACUGCCCGACUUUGGUGGACGUCCUUUCUGUAAGGAAUUCUUUCCGCAAGAGUUGCAUGAGACGCUUGAUGGGGAUGAUGUUGCUCCUGGGGAGAAGAGGAGGGGCGGGGAGGCGAAGAGGUUGAGACUCAGCAGGAUUACGGCGUUGCCUACGGCGGAGGAUGUGUUUCAUGUUCACGCUGAGGGGGAUGAGGAUGGUGAGGUUGGGCCGGAUGGAGCGAAGAAGCAGUUGGAGGCGCUGGAAAGGAUGGGAGAGGGUGAGGGUGAGGGUGCGGAAGAGGAGUGGGAGGAGGGCGGGGAGGAGGAGCAGGAUGUUGAGUAUGAUGAUUCUGAUGCUGGCGAUUAUGACGCGGAGAAUUACUUUGAUGAUGGGGAGUUUGGGGAGGAUGAUGGGGGCGGAGAUGAUGAGCAUGGUGGUCGGGAGGGGUCGUACUGA